UGCUGCUGGCUGUCAGGGAAUGAGAAGCCCUCGGGGGGAAUCUUACCCUGUAACAGGCAGGGCUAAGGCCGAAUUUGCACCCCAGAAGGAGAGCACCUGCGUUUGGAGUCACGGCACGGAAGAACUUGGAGGCUCCGUAUUAAACUUCCACCCACACCAGCCACACGGAUUGUCUUUAAGAGCUGAAUUCAAUUACAGGAGCACUUCUCCCAGCUGGGGAGGUGACAGCCACCAAAUUGAGCCAGCCAAUGAGAUGCAAGCUAGAAGCGUUACCUCCUCAGAACCAGUCCUGAUUGGCUGAUCAGAGAUGCACAGGUGCCUGUUCACUCCUGUGAAUCUGGCCCAUCUCUAGGGCUAGUGGAACCACUGGGAAAGCAGAGGGGAGCUACCGGCUCCUCCCAGUGGAGAUUUGGAAGCGAGAGUCGACCCGAACUCUUUCUGUAACUGUGGGACAUUUGUCGCCAGAGGAGCCGUCCCUAUUGAGUCUCACCAGCACAAGCCACGAAGGAGUUAACUGCCACUCCAUGAAGAAGGAAUAAAGUUCCCUGAGCCAGAAGAAGGUGGUUCUUGUUAAAUCCAGAGCAGAAGCCGGGCAGCUCCAGUUUAGCGGCGUCUCCAUCCAAGCAGCAAAACAUGCUCAGGGUCUCCGAGCCCUGCCACAGUCUAGGAGGAGCUUGGCUUCCCGGGGACGAGCCGGAUUCGGCCCCCUGGGUCCCAGCUACUCACGUCUCCAUAAGGCUGCUGUGCAGAUUCUGGGUGGGAAUGCCCAAGCCUCCGAUAUGAACGCCACUUUCCGCAUGAAGGUCAGUGAGCUGCUCAAGCCGGGGUCGCCCGCCGUGGGCAACCAGAGCCGUGGGCAGCCUUGGGAGGAGGUGGAGGUCUCGCCUGGCGGUGGAGCCAACACCAGCCUGCCUGGCGAGGAGGUCUUCCUGCUGCCCACGUUCUCCACUGCUGCCAAGGUCCGGGUAGGCAUCACUUUCGUCCUCUUCCUCUCCUCGGCCUGCUUCAACAUCGCCAUGCUGUGGACCGUCACCCAGAAGUACCGCAAGAGGCCGCACAUCCGCAUCCUCAUUGUCAACCUGGCCGCGGCCGACCUGCUGGUGACCUUUGUGGUGAUGCCCUUGGACGCAGCCUGGAACAUCACAGUGCAGUGGUAUGCGGGCGACCUGGCCUGCCGGGCCCUCAUGUUUCUCAAGCUGGUGGCCAUGUAUGCCUCAGCCUUCAUCACCGUGGUGAUCAGCCUGGACCGCCAGGCGGCCAUCUUGCACCCACUGAGCAUGGGCGAUGCCAAGAAGAAGAACAAGACCAUGCUGUGCGUGGCCUGGGCCCUGAGCGUGCUGCUGGCACUACCUCAGAUGUUUGUCUUCCACGCAGUGAGCCGCUCUCAGCCCAUCUACUUCAUCCAGUGCGCCACGGUGGGCAGCUUCCAAGCCCACUGGCAGGAGACCCUCUACAACAUGUUCACCUUCUCCUGCCUCUUUCUGCUGCCGCUGCUCAUCAUGGUGCUGUGCUACUCCCGCAUCCUCAUCGAGAUCUCCGGCAAGAUGAAGAGAGCUUGUGUCUCCUCCAAGGAGGUCCACCUCCGCCGCUCCUACAACAACAUCCCCCGGGCCAGGAUGCGCACCUUGAAGAUGUCCAUUGUCAUCGUGCUGACCUUCGUCCUGUGCUGGACUCCCUACUACCUCCUGGGCCUCUGGUACUGGUUCUCCCCAGAGAUGCUGAGCCGGAAGAAGGUGCCUCCAUCCCUCAGCCACAUCCUCUUCCUCUUCGGCCUCUUCAACGCCUGCCUGGACCCCCUCAUCUAUGGCCUCUUCACCAUGCACUUCCGCAGGGAGAUCCAGCUCGUCUGCCGCUGCACCCACCGCAGGAAGGAGCAGGCCUCCACGCCAAUUGGCUCCUUCCGGGCCUCCACCACGGCCGCGCCCAUCAGGAGUGCCGGAGAGGACCAGGGGGGCUCGGGCAAGUACGAACUGGAGGUGACGGCUAAUGUGGCCCUGCCUGCUGGGAGGUGUGAACUGUGCAGGAAGAAGAUAGUGGAGAGCUUCAUAUGAGUGGACCUUUGCCACACCUGGCUUCCCAGCAAGGGGAGAGCCCAGUGGGACCCCCAUAACAUGCCCAGUGGGGGCUACUGGGCAAUUGUUCCUUCACUCAAGCAUUCACCAAUAAAUCUAGAUUAUUUUCUCA